CUCGGCAGGAGCAUGAUACGACAUGGUUAGAGGUGAUGGCUAGAGACUCAAGACUGACCCGUCCCCGCCUCCUCUUCUAUCUUAUCCUAGGUUGGGUCAGCCUCACAAACAAAUUCCGCAACCUGCGUCCUCAUAAUAAAAGACACCGAUUGCCCGGCGCGCAAACUGACUUUCCUGGCUACUCUGUGAGAAAAGAGGACAAGGACACCUGGCGAGGGCUUGUGCGGAGACAUGUUAACAGUUGCGUUUGCAUUGGGCGCCAUCCUCACCGCUUUACCAGGCUCUGGGGGUAGCAAGUGGACUGUGUCCUUCACCCGGAGAGAGAUCUGUGUCUGGGCUGGGACCACUGUCACUCUCCCUUGUUGGUAUGACUACCCAUCAGGACACACUGUCAGGAGGGUGAUGUGGUUCAGGGUCUCUGGCCGGAGGGAGUUUGCCCACCACUCUGACUCCAGCUUGGUUAGCAUGUCUUAUAGAGGAAGGACAAAGUAUACAGGCAGCCAUAAAAGCUGUGGGAUCCAGAUCACCAACGUGAAGCUUGGCGAUGCUGGACAGUACCACUUCAGGUUUGAGACAGACCACCCACAGGGACGAUGGACCUCCCCGGACACCAUCUCGCUCUUUGUCACAGAGCUUCAGGUUCAGGUCCAUCCUGCGAGGACAGCCAACAUGUUUGGGUCAGGAGAGACAGUGUACCUGGGCUGUAUGGCCAGAGGCUGUGCUGCAGAAGGGAGGAGUCUUGCUCUCUACAGGAACGGCAUCAACCUGGGAUCACCUGAGAAGUGGCUGACCAUCUACAACUUUGACAGGCAGCACGCUGGUACCUACACCUGUCGCCCAAUCCCCCCACAGAAUGUUCAGUCUCCACCGCUGGCCUUGGCUCUGGGACAUGCUCCUCGUUCCACAGUGAUUGAGGUGAGUCCCAUGGGUGUGGUAGUGGAGGGGGCCUCUGUGACUAUGACCUGCAGCAGCAGUGGGGCUCCGGUGGUGGAGAGCUAUGCCUGGUUUAAGGACAGGGAGAGUGGCAGCAUUCCAGACAGCUUCAGACCCCAGCUCCACCUGAAGAGGGUGUCCCACACCGACCGGGGAGAGUACUUCUGUGUGGCACGCAACCCACUUGGUACAGAGAGGUCCAAACCUGUCCUGCUCAACGUCACAUACGCUCCAAAGAGCACCAAGGUGUUGGUUAGUUCAACAGGAGACAUCAAGGAAGGCUACUCUGUCAACCUGACCUGCAGCAGCAAGGCCCACCCCCCAGUGGACCGCUAUGCCUGGUUCAAGAUCAUGGGGGGUCAGACCUGGGCCAAAGGGUCAACACAGAACCUCUCCUUCUCCAGCGUCCGCUCACAGAACGGAGGACAGUACUACUGCACGGCCUGGAACCAACACGGACAGGGGAGCUCCUCUGUUUUCACCCUCGCCAUUCUCUAUGCCCCUAAGAACACGUCUGUGUUUGCGCAGCCCUCCAGUGUGAUUGACGCGGGCCGUCCUCUGACUCUGACCUGCAGCAGCCAGGCCAACCCGGCGGUGGACAACUACACGUGGUUCAGGAUCAAUGCGGCUGACGCCUGGGUAACGCGAUCGGGCCCCAGCUACACCUUCGCUGAGGUCAGCCCCGGGGAGAGCGGCCAGUACUACUGCGAGGCACGCAACCGUAUCGGCGUCCACAGCUCGCCUGUCCUUACUGUCAGGGUCAGAGGCAGACUGAAGGUUAUCGCCCUGGCCUCAGCUGUGGGCGUAUCUGCUGGUCUCAUCACUCUCACUGUGGCCAUCAUGAUCAGCAAAAACAUGCACAGAGUAGACAUGGAAUAUCCAGAGGAAAACAAGAAGAGGCCAUCGGUGACAGCUGACACCCUGUUCUACGAGUCAGUCCAGCAGACCCUUCAGCUGAGGACUGGCAAGAUGUCCGACAUCCCGGAGGAGCCAGAGGAGGUGUAUGAGAGUGCCCAUCCCUCCAUCGUACCCCUGAAGGAUGCUCCACCCUGCACAGAGGCAGACAGCAUCCUCAACUAUAUCACCGUGCAUUACUCCAGGAUCCCAAGUCUGGACCAGAUUCAAGUUACAAAUGUACCACUGGAUGGCGAUAAAGAGCCAAAGGAUGCUGCCAAUGUUGUUUACACUGUCCUGGCCAGACCACACCAGUAGUGGUGCAGAUGAGAACUGUAGCUCCAAAUGAGUGACAUCGCCAGAAGGAUCUCUACCAUCGACCCCUGAACUGCUUCUGAGCUGGACUGCUCACUCUAAGCCAAUAUACUGUUUUUCUAAUUUACUACAAAGUCUAAUUUACUAGGAAUAGUUAAAGUAGUUACUUGUAAUUCAUUUGGCAUUAUAAGUGGCAUUAUAACUAAUUUAUUAGCAUUUAACGUUUUACUAGUAGUGGCCAGAUAAUGAAAUAUUCCGAUAUCAGAAUCAUCCUAAAAAUGUAUCUUUUUCACACUCAGAAGGAAGUCAUUUUGGCCAUGUUCUCUCUGGGUUCUCUCUAUCUCCAUAAGAUAUCAUUAAAAUGGAACAUACUUUAAAAAUGAAGUUUUGGUAUGCAUCAUCACUCAUGCUAGUCUUAUGGAGGAUGUGUGUAAAUGUGUUACUGAUCAUAUCUUAUGUUUAGGGUAUGGUUGGUAUGUCCCAAAUUGCUUGUUGAAAUAGCUUGUGGUCAAAUAAACAUUUUUAAAUGAAGAAAGAAUUGCUAGAUGUAUUAAAGACAUUCAUCAGGUAGACACUUACCCUGUUUAUUCUGAUCUAUCAUGCUGUGGAUGUCAGUACUGAGUUAUUGAUUAAUUAUUGACAUAUGAACUAUGUACUACUUUUCAUAACAGAUGAGGGGAUAUAGGACAAAGAAAAAGCACCCAACAAAUUAUUAUCAAUAUUGUUAUUAUUAUUAUCAUCAUCUCAUCAACAUACUGAAUGUCUCUAAAUCGUGAAAUCUAUUCCCUGCUUACAUAGAAAAGUUAGAUGACCUUCCCUGUCAACCUUCAGUCUCAACUUCUGCAUUCUGCUUGUGAAAUUGUUAUUAUCACAUCACUACAUGGUAUUUGCUGACCAGUCUCAUUCUGUGGACAUACUCUGUAGAUAGGUGGGUGAUCCUGUUUCUUUCUAUAAAGUUUCAUGUGUUUCCUUUCUUGUAGUUGAUUUUUAUGUUUCCAAUGCUAAUGUAGAACAGGAUUUCUAUUAAGAAAUUGAAGCAUAGUUAAGUUUAUUUCAUGUUUGGUGAGGAUACAAAACAGAAUGACUAGAUUAUGUAAAUGUGUAUCCCAGUUGUGCUGUCUUAUUAACAGCAGGGUUGGGGUCAAUUCCAUUUUAAUUCCACUAUAUUCAGAAAGUACUCCAAUUCCACAUUUUCCUCAUUGAAAAGCCUUGAAGAUAAUUGGAUUUGGAUUUUCAGUGUACUUCUUGAAUUUAAAUGGAAUUGACCCCAACCCUGAUUGACAGAGACAGUUACACCUUCUUUAAAUUAAAACAAUGUUGAUGCUGCCACCACCAUGCUCCACCGUAGGGAUGGUGCAAGGUUUCCUCCAGUCUGUUUGAUGAUUGGCUUUGCUACGGUCUAAUGCUGUAUAAUUCCCUCAACCUGUGGUGUUGCAGUUUGAUGCGGUGUGGCUCUUUGAAACAACCAGUGUCAUUACUCUCAAGUUGCCAGGUGAGUAGAAGAUAUAUUUUUUUGUUUGAUACUCUAUCAUUCUGUGGAUGCCAGUAUUCAGUUAUGAAUAAAUUAAUGAUAUAAACUGCAUAUUGUAUAUGGCUCAUUAGAGAUGAGCAAGGAACUGAUCAGAGGGGAUAUUUGAUAUUGGUCUAAUGCUAUUGGUGUUACCUUGAUGGUGAAGUAUACAUAUAUUUAUCAAAUUACUAACCUCAAAGGAAAGUAAUAUAUUAUUAUCGAAGAUUACAGAGUAACUCACUCUUUACAUCAAUAAAAAUACAGAAGUGACUGAUAGCCUGUUUGUGCACCAGCAUGUGUAGAGUAUGAUCUUUCAAAUUAACAUAUCUGAAGGUAGGCCACACGUAGGAAUGCUAUAUUAUAUUUUCCUACCUUUAAAAAGGGCAAAUGGGUACUGUACCUACGAGUGUUGUAGAUAAGUGUGAUUACUGUUUUUUGUGGAAGUAAUUGGAAGAUGACAUUCAACGAUACAACACCAUAGCUCCAUGUGCCUUAACAAGUUGAGGGUAAGGUCAUCUAAAUCCUUAACCUGUUUACAUUAUGUGGAACACUGAGCUGAUGAGCAAGCACCAACCUUUUGAAGGUUAAACAACAGGGUUAUAUAUUUUGACUAGGUUGAUGUCCAGGGACAGUUAGUGAAAACAUAGGUCAAUGCAACCCGAUUUGGUAAGAAAUAUGGAAACAGUGGUUAACAUUGAGAGAGUUAUUAAUCUCUGAAUCUACAGAUCCCUUGGUAUGUGUGUGUAUUUUUGACACUCACUCCCAUUAAUAGAAGUAUAACCUUUAUUAUGGAUUAUAGUAUUACCAUACCCAUUGGAUUGCACAACCCAGAAUGAAGGGUUUGAAAUUAUGAAGUGUCUUUUUUUUCUGUGUUGAUUUCCAUUACUUUAAUAGGAGUAUAGAAUAUUUUGAUAUAGAAGCUAAAAUCUAAAUGCUUACAUUAAAAUGUAAUGAUUAUUGUCACACAAGUGAUGAGGAUGGAAUGUAAUGGACAUUUAAUGUUUGUGCUUUUCUUAUAACUAAUUUCUGUGUUCAAUUCAUGUGCUGUUCUAUAAACCAAUUUAUGUGUUCAUGCAAGUGGUUGACUGUACAAAUCCUCACUAUCAGUAGCUGAAAUGUGGCAGUACGCCCAGUCCUUGUUUUGAAAGAUAUCUCAGUUUCAAGGUCUCAGCUUAGAGAGAAGAAGCCUCGUGAGGUAUUGGUCUGUCACGCAUUAUGAACCAGUAUUGGUCUGUCACAUGAAUUAAACAAAACAUUAAUGAUUAAUUAUGCUACAUCAUGCAAAUAUAACUUGUCUGCGUAUAGCCGUAUAUAAGACAACUGUUGGGACUGCCCAGGCAGAGCUCCUGAUUGACAUGUGUACUAUGAUGCAUUGAGUUGGUUGGAACCUCUCCAGCAUGCUGACAAAUAAACAAUGAUUAAUUUAAGAUUGACUUUGAGUGUCCCUGUGUAAGAAUUUCCAAGACAUAACCAUCUCUGUCUUAUGUAACCAUUCAGAACGUAACAUAUCAUACUAAUUUGGUAUACUUGAUUUACGUUUACUAUGUUAUGUCUAGUCUAUGAGACCAGGCUUUUCUGAGGUCCUCAGAGACAGUAGUACUUAGGGUGAUUUUAAUGUGCUACUUUAUCUUCCUGAUAUCAUUUUAUUUGACUUAAUUAUUUUACUUCCAUCAGUCUCUGUGACGCCCUGACCUUAGAGAGCCUGUUUAUUUCUCUAUUUGGUUAGGUCAGGGUGUGAUUUGGGUGGGCAUUCUAGUUUUCUAUUUCUUUGUUGGCCGGGUAUGAUUCCCAAUCAGAGGCAGCUGUCUAUCGUUAUCUCUGAUUGGGAAUGAUACUUAGGCAGCCUGUUUCCCACCCUAAUUUGUGGGAUGUUGUUUUUGCACAGUAGCUGUAUAGCCCUGCAGUACAUUACGUACGUUUUUUUCCCU